GGGCUCGGACCGAACCCGACCCGACCGCCGCCCCCAGCCAGGCUCCAUGCUGCCGCUUCUGCUAGGCCUGCUGGGCCCAGCGGCCUGCUGGGCACUGGGCCCGGCCCCCGGCCCGGGCUCCUCAGAGCUGCGCUCGGCCUUCUCGGCGGCACGCACCACUCCCCUGGAGGGCGCGUCGGAGAUGGCGGUGACCUUCGACAAGGUGUACGUGAACAUCGGGAGCGACUUCGACGCGGCCACGGGCCAAUUCCGCUGCCGCGUGCCCGGCGCCUACUUCUUCUCCUUCACGGCUGGCAAGGCCCCGCACAAGAGCCUGUCGGUGAUGCUGGUGCGGAACCACGACGAGGUGCAGGCGCUGGCCUUCGACGAGCAGAGGCGGCCCAGCUUCGACACCGAGCUCGUCAACAUUGGCGGCGACUUCGACGCGGCGGCCGGCGUGUUCCGCUGCCGCCUGCCCGGCGCCUACUUCUUCUCCUUCACGCUGGGCAAGCUGCCGCGUAAGACGCUGUCAGUGAAGCUGAUGAAGAACCGCGACGAGGUGCAGGCCAUGAUUUACGACGACGGCGCGUCGCGGCGCCGCGAGAUGCAGAGCCAGAGCGUGAUGCUGGCCCUGCGGCGCGGCGACGCCGUCUGGCUGCUCAGCCACGACCACGACGGCUAUGGCGCCUACAGCAACCACGGCAAGUACAUCACCUUCUCCGGCUUCUUGGUGUACCCCGACCUCGCCCCCGCCGCCCCCCCAGGCCUCGGGGCCCCGGAACUGCUAUGAGCCCCGGGCCAGAGAGGAGCCCGGGAGGGCCAGGGGCGUGCAUGCCGGGCCAGGCCCGCGGCCCGAACGCCUCGCGCGAGCGCCACGGCCGCCGGGCGCGCCUGGACUCUGCCAAUAAAGCGGAAAGCGGGCCUGCGCAGCGCCCGGCAACCCAG